AUGAAUUUCAGAUUGCUCAUAUUAAUAAAAUUUUUGAUACUAACGAAAUUUGGUGUUGAAAAUGUGACAUACAAUGGAAAAUAUUUCGAUGUAAAUGAUAGAAUUAGUGAGUUAUUUGCGCAAAAUUUUAAAAAUUCAAAUUUCUUCAGACGCUGAUUGUGUUCGUGUGGCAGAUCGACCAACUUAUGAUUAUAUAGGGAAUUUGAACAAAAUUCCGAGUGGAGAAAAAUGUGUGAGAUGGGAUGAAGUUAUGAAAUAUUGGUUUGAAAAGGCCACAAAAGAAGAGAAAGAAUUGUGAGCUUAUUUUUUUGCGCCAAAAAAUGAUCAUUUCAAAAUUUACCUUCAGACUCUCGCUUCCCGAACGUGUUCCUCAUUCAAAUUGUCGUCUCGUCAAACUUUCUCUAACUCACAAAUUCAUCAAACUCUCAACAACUGGAACUUCAAAAUUGAUUCCAAGUGGAAGUCAAGGAGCUUGGUGUUAUAUUCGAAAACCAGGAAAAGUUGAAAACGAAGAAUUUGAUUAUUUGGCUGAAAAAUGUUUUGAGGAUUGUGAUUUGACAAAAGUUGACAAUGAAACUGAGAUAAGUUCUUCUUCGAUUAAAAAAUCUGAAAAUGGUGGAUAUACUUCGAUUAGAUUGAAUUAUAAUAUCGAGCUAUUAGAUCCGAUUCAAAGAUUGUUCAAGGUGUAUUUUGUUGAGGAACAGGAAUAUUAUGAUUUUGUAAGUUUCAAGACACUGUAGGUCGAAUUUUGGAAGCAAAAAUGUUGAUUACUGUAAAUCAAAUUGUCGGCGAAAGUUUGUUACAUGUACAUAAUUACACAGUAACCUAGACGCUUACCUUUUUUCCAAGACAUAGCAAUACUCAAAUUCUUCCAAUUUCCUCCAGAAAUUAUCAAUCCUCGAACGUCCUGAAUACAAACAACUUCAACGCGAAAUCUUUCUCUCAUUAUUUUUGAUCUUCGUUGUCGUCAUUUUCUGGAUCAUAAUUUAUCAAUGCCUAAAAAGAAAAGCGAGAAGAUUGGAUCGAAAAAGAGAAAAAUUAUUGGAUGAAUUGUACGAUACAACAAAUGUUGCUGAUAUAAAAAUGCAUUUGGAAUUGGAAAGAGAAAGCGAAGUUCAGUAA